UCUGUUAGUAAAUAGGUAGGACUGAGUAUAAAAGCAUUUAAAAUAAAAAAUCAUAUUCCAACAAAACAUCAAAAACAUUUUUUUCUUCUGAGUCGACAACAUCAAUUCAAAAGUUCUUGGAAUGACUUCAACAUCUUUUUUCUUGCGGUUUAGUGCAAUUCUUCUGGUUUUCGGAUUUGUUGUUCAAUGUGAAGAAGUCGGACUAGGCAAGCAUGUGUUGGUUAACGAGACAAUUAUUGAGCUCAAGAACAAUACGAGGAUUGCCGAAAACGACACGGAUCUUGAACAAUACAGGAAGCUGGAGGGCGCUUGUGAUGUCACUUUGGACAACGAUGGAAAUAUCAUUCUUUCGUACUCCAAAAAUUCCAGCACGACUGAGUUUGGCUGUUCUGUUGAUUUGGUUACAAAGAAUGAAGGGCAAAUCUUAUUGGAAUUUGGUAUCUCACACUCUGGCAAUCUAUCAGUCUGUGCAAUGUUCAAAGAAAAAUCUGUCUCAGCUGAUAACAUGUACAUAAAUAACUUUAUUUAA